AUGCCGUCGAAAACCGCCGCCUACCACGCCGUUCCACCUCCAAAACCGGACCUUGCUGAAUCCGAUGAUGUCGAGGAGUUGAUGUCCGCCAACACAAGCGGGUGCUGUUUAUGGAUGCCCUGCUUCGGCUCCGAACAGUCCUCCAUCGACGGGUCCUGGGAGCGGAUCCGGUACAGCGGCGACCACGGAGAUCCGUGGUGGAACCGGGGCUGGAAGAAGAUCCGGGAGUGGUCCGAAGUCGUGGCGGGCCCCAAGUGGAAGACCUUCAUCCGCCGCUUCAACAAGAGCACCGCCAACAAGCGCUCCUCCAACUUCCAUUACGACCCCAUGAGUUAUUCCCUCAACUUCGACGAGGGCCCGGGGCAAAGAGGUAAAUUGGACGACGAUUACUUGCACAGGGAUUUCUCCUGUCGGUACGCGUCCAUUCCUGCCUCCACUAAGUCGUCCAUAGAUUUGGGGAAGGACGGGCCGUCCUUCACGUGA